CGCCCAGCACCAAGCGUUUAGUUUCUUGUUUUUCUCCUAACUGAACAGCCACGACGGAACGGAUCGUCCGUGACGCUGCACCGUGUUUUUGUCGCACGACGCGUUCGCCAGCAAGAGAAGGCACAACGACUCAUUGGAGAAGGUGUAAAUUGCAGAACUUUUAAAGGAGCGUUUUGUUCCUCACCCCAGAAAAAGAAAACAAAGACAAAAAACGUUCACCUUCCAAUAGUGAAACGGAUUUGGAGCUGGACUCACUAGACCGUUCGGAGCAGAGACAGAGAAGACGCCUGUAUAUCUCUUCCUGGCUGCCGCAAACCCGCACAUCGACAAAGCGGUGCAAUCCCGUGUCGCUUACCAAUGUCAAACGAUUGCGGAUAAGAGCGUGUGUGGUGCAGCCACACGUUAACGGCACGCUUGCCAGCAGGAUCUCUACGGCUGGGGCAGUGAUAGUGUAGUAGUAGGCUGGGUUCAGUUUUGUUGACUGGGUAGCCGUCGCCGUCAGCACUAAACAAAACAAGCAAGGAUGUGAGCAACCCCGUAGUGCGUACUGCUGGGUGUGUCUGUGUGUGUGUGUGUGUGCGCGCGCGCGUGUGUUAGUGCUUACCACGGAUAGUGGAACAACAAAAAAGAGAGAAAGAGAAGGCAAAAAAAGUCGCAACAAGUGCAUGUGAAAGGAAAAGGCCAAAAAAAGGGAAGUGAUUUUGCUGUGUGCGUGUGUGAUUCACUCUGUUCUUGCCGCAAAAGAGAAGUAGCAGUAGUAGAAGUAGUAGUAGUACCGUGAUUUACCGAAGGGUGUGUACGUGUGUCGCUUGGGUGGCAAGUGUGGUAAGUGUUUGUGCAAGUGCUGUCACCAGCCGCAAAGGAAAGUGCAAUAAGUAAAUCGGGUUGCGUGCCUCCUCUAACCCUUCCCGCUAGUGUCCACCUGUGUGUGUUUGUAUUUAUGUGUCACAUUCAGUAGUGUGUACGUGCGCGUGUGUGCGCUAUGAAGUAAGUGGUGUACAUCUGUGCGUUUGUGUGUGUGUGUGUUUGUGUUGAGGAAGGGCCCAGACGGCGAUAAGCACGAUCGGAUCGCAAAACAUACGACAGGCGGAACAGCUGAAAACGCUGAGAAUAGAGGAAGAAGAAAAAAAACCCCGUGAGAGGAAAGAAAGAAAGAGACCGGAGGACGGAAACGCUUUGGGGGAAGCGCGAGACACAAAUAAUAGAAAGAGACAGCAACAACAGCAGCAGACGCAACUACAACAACAGCAAGCAGGAAGCAGGAAUUUCGAGAAGAACCGGAAACACACCGGAACGCACAGGAACCAACAGGCUCGGCUAAAAGGUAUGCACAACCGACGACCCCUGUCUCUCUACCCUGUCCUGCUGUGGUGAUCAUAAAAAUUAACAUCAACCCCAAAAAGCAAUGGCUGAGAUAUGAGUGCCCAGGGGGGCUCCCUAGGGGCUCCAACAUUGGGUGAUCGUCGAUCUCCUUACAUUGGAGGCUAUCCCGACAUACAGCAGCAGCAGCAGCAGCAGCACCCCCACCACCACCAUCAGCAACAACAGCAGCAAAGCUAUCAACAGUUGCAGAAUCCUCAUCACGCAGAUUACCAUCGGGGAGUGCUGCACCCGGAAGCAGCUUCCGGUUAUUUGGACGUGAAGCAGCAGCAGCAGCAGCACCAGAAAGGAUACGCUAAACAGGCAGCUGCGAGCCAACAGCAACAACCACAACAACAACAGCAGCGAUCGGCAGCUGGAGCGACAGCCGGUGGACGAGCAGCUGCCGGUGCGCCAACAGGUUUCAACAGUCAAAGUAUGGUGGCAGCGGCCGGCGGGCAGCAGGGCAACAUGGACGUCGGCUACAAUCCACAGAUGAAUAACAUGGCGAUGCAUUCGCAGUCGUCGUGGAAUCAGAUGAACGGCAUGAACCAAAUGGGCGGCAUGGGUGGCCAGAUGAACGGCAUGAACCAGAUGGGGGGUGGCGGCGGUGGAGGCGGAGGCGCCGGAGGUGGUGUCGGUGGCGCCGGCGGCAUGGGACCGAUGGGUCAGAUGGGUGGCGGCGGUGCGACCGGUGGCAUGGUGCCCGGCAUGGGCCAGAUGGGCGGCGGUGGCGGUGGCACUGGUGGCGGUGCGGGCGGUGGAUACGGCCGGCACCAUCAGCAGAUGAACCCGAUGGCGCAGAUGAUGAACAUGGGCAUGGGUAUGGGCGGAGGCGGCGGUGGCGGCGGUGGCCAGAUGGGGCCGGGCGGUGCGGGCGGUAUGAACGGGAUGGCGGCGGCCCAGAUGGGCGGCAUGAACCCGCUCAGCCAGAUGAACCAGAUGUCGCCGAUGUCGAAGAUGCAGGGAAUGGCGAACGGGUACCCGCAGCACCCGCGAAGGAUGGCCCCCUACCCGAACCCCCAGAUGCAGAUGGCCCAGAAGCGGUCGAUGUACGGGAUGGGCCAGGGGCAGGGUAUGCCGGGCGCGGGUGGACCCUUCCCGCCGCAUCAGGCGGCGGCAGCGGCGGCCGCUGCAGCAGCCGCCGGCGUUCCCUUGCCGAUGCAGGCCAGCGCCGGGUACGGGCGGCAUCAUGGGCCGAUGGGUCCGAUGAACUAUCGCGGCGGACCGCCGAUGAUGCAGCAGCGACAGAACACGCCACCGUACGGUGGACCGGGCGUUGGACCGGUAGGAGCACCCGUAGGCCCUGGAGCGCUGAUGGGCCACCAGCAGCAGCAGCACCAGCAGCAGCAGCAACAGCAGCAGCAGCAACAGCAGCAGCAACAGCAUCAUCCCCAGCACCAGCAGCACCAGCAGCAGCAGACGCAACAGCAACAGCAGCAGUAUUACAACACGGGCUACCAGAACAUGCAGGGCUACCAGCCGGACAUUCGCAUGAACUUCCAGCACAGUCCGGUGCCGGGUAAUCCUACGCCACCGCUAACGCCCGCCUCUUCCAUGACGCCCUACAUCAGCCCCAAUCCGGACGUGAAGCCAAACAACCUGCCGCAGAAUGAAGAACUGCGGUUGACAUUCCCGGUGCGAGACGGCAUACUGCUGCCACCGUUCCGGCUCGAGCACAAUCUCGCGGUCAGCAACCACGUGUUUCAGCUAAAGUCCACCGUCUACAACACGCUCAUGUGCCGGCCGGAUCUCGAGCUGCAGCUGAAGUGUUUCCACCACGAGGACCGGCAGAUGAACACGAACUGGCCGGCGAGCGUGCAGGUGUCGGCCAACUCGACGCCGCUCGAAAUCGACCGGGGCGACAACAAGAACACGCACCGGCCGCUCUACCUGAAGCAGGUCUGCCAGCCGGGCCGCAACACGAUCCAAAUCACCGUCAGCACCUGCUGCUGUUCCCAUCUGUUCGUGCUACAGCUGGUGCAUCGGCCGUCGGUAAACCAUGUGCUGCACACGCUGCUGAAGCGUAACCUCCUGUCCGCGGAGCAUGCGGUCGCCAAAAUCAAGCGCACCUUUGCCGUCAAUCACACAACGAACCCGAACCAACCGCUGGGCGGCGGACCCGACAAGGAUCCGCUUGCGGCGGACGCGUCGGCAACGUCUGCAAAGGUAUCACUCAAGUGUACACUAACCACCAAGCGGAUAACGUUGCCAGCGCGCGGCCAUGACUGCAAGCACAUCCAGUGCUUCGAUCUGGAGGCCUAUCUGGCGCUGAACUGCGAGCGUGGCAACUGGCGGUGUCCGGUGUGCAGUAAACCGGCACUAACGGAAGGGCUCGAGAUCGAUCAGUACAUGUGGGCGAUACUGAACACGCUCAACUCCUCCAACACGCCGAACGGCAUGGACACGGAGGAGGUGAUCAUCGACGCGCAAGCGAACUGGCGAGCGGUCAAACCACCGGGCAGUGUCAAUAAUCCCAACAUUGGAGGCAGUCUCAACCCUCAACAACCGUCGCAGCAGCAGCAGCAGCAACAGCAACAACAUCCACAGCAGCAUCAACAACAACAACAACCACCACCGAUGCAGCAGCACCAGCAGCAGCAGCAGCAACCGCCCGUACCAUCGGAACCGAGUGGCGGCAAUGCGCGCGGCGCUGGCACACCCGGCCUGCCCGUGAUCAAACCGGACCCGGACGGUGUCGACGCGAAGCACUUCAACAAGGUGAUGUCACCUGGAUCCACCUCGCUCCCGACCUGGGACAACAUGAACGCAAUGAGCCCCUACAUGAGCCCGGACAUGAGCUCGAUCGCUAGCGGCAGCAUGAUGGGUUCCAACUACAACCGAACGCCCCAGUACGAUUCGUACGGCAAUGCGAUCAUCAAACAAGAGCCGGGCACGAACCCCGGAUCGGCCGGCGGCCCUGGAAGCGUCGGUAACAAUAACGGCCCCGGAACACCGGGUGGCGGUGGCGGCGGUGGCAAUGGUGGUGAAUUCCACGCCGGCAAUCCUUUGGCACAUCUGAGCGAUUCGGUCAACUCGCUCGAUCCGCUGAACGCGAUGGAGAAAUCACUGAACGAUCAGGUAAGUAUCGUGUGUUUGCAUUCCCUCGCGCGCCUUGCAACCGAGUACAAUGUUCCGCUUGGUGUUUUGCUGUUACAGAUGCCCCACACACCGCACACACCGCACACGCCGGGCGGUGGCAACUCGUCCGGCCAUCCGAUGACGCCGGGCGGACCGCCAAGCGUACCGCCGGCGAACGACAUCAACAACACCUCCAACCCGCAGCAACAGUCCACCGGCAGCAACAGUGGCGGCAACGCGAACGGGCCACAGAACGGCGGCAGCAGCAGUAGCGUGAACGGCAACAUGAGCCACAGCCCCGGCCAUGCCGGGCAUGGCAACAGCAUGCAGCAGCUACAUUCACCUCAGCAGCAGCAGCAGCAUCUUGGCCUUGGGCCCAACAACCCUGCCGCGAACAUCAUGAACUCACCGCAAAGUCUCAUGAACUCACCGCAGAACAUGAUGAACUCGCCCCAGAGCAUGAUGCAGCAACAGCAGCAGCAGCAGCAGCAAAAUCUCCUCUCAAUGGGCUCGAUGAUGGGCCAGCAGCAGCAAAGCCAUCAAAACGCGCUGGCCGGUCUUACCGAUGUCGAUCUGCCGGCAGAUCUCAACUUCGAUCCGGCCGCCGUCAUUGAGGGUGAAGGAGGCAACGAUCUUAACCUACUACCGGACAACGGCAUUGUCGAUCCGAUGGAAUUGCUCUCCUAUCUCGAUCCGCCGGAUCUGAACACGCCCCCGUCAAGCGGUUCCAGCAACAACGCCAACAGCGACGACAUUCUGGCCGCACUGUUCGACUAAGUUCGCCCCAAUUGACAACACUAAACACAACAAACACACAAACACACACACUAAGGACCAUCACAACGUUUUAGAAAGUGGAAUUUGAACACACAGAGAGAGAAAGAGGGAAAGAGAGUAUGAUAAAAGGGGAAAAAAACAUUUGAAAAUGGGAACAGAAGGAAGAGAGAGAGAGAUAGGAAACCAUAGAGUUAGCGUAGUCGAUAAUACAGUACAGACGCGGGCGGGCGGGCAUUUUCCGUUUCCUAUUUCUUCCCCACCACCACCCUCACUAAAUGGGGGCAUGUCUCCCCUUACUCUCUGCCCAGCGGCACACACACACAGCGUGUGCGUGUGGGUCGGUCGGUCUUCUGUUGUGCUAGUUCCCGGUUUUGUUGUUUGUUUAAUCGUGUAGCGCGGCCUGAUAAGAAGGCCCUCCCUUCUCCCCAAGAUUUUUUAAGUGGCCAGGGUUUUUAGUUUUAGUAUGUACAGCUUUCACCGCGGGGAGAGGGGGGAGAGGAAACCAACAAACUAGCAAUUGAUUGCAAAACGGGUCUUGCACGAAGACACAAAAAAACACACACACACACACACACAGCAUCUAUCGUAUCAGGUACUCGCAUUGUCACGCAGCUGGCCAGCAUCGCUUUUCCGUUGGAAGUGUGGGAAGGUUCCACAGGGGAAGGAUGUGUGUACGGCUCGUGUCCUUCUAGUGUAGCAAACAAAAUGGGGUUUAAAGGGAAGAAGGGAGAGAAGAGAGAGAGCAAGGAAGGGAGAUAGAAGGAAAGAGAGAGAGAUAAGAGCCGAUGGAGGAGAAAAUUGCAAGCAAAACCAACACUAACUAACCUUCAAAAAAGAGGUUUCAUCACGAGCACGUUGUUCGUUUUUAUCCUCGUUUAAGGGAGUUUUUUUGUAUGUUUUGUUCCAUUAAGUUGUGAUUUAUUUUAAUUCACAUCUACUAACUAAAGUCAUGCCCUGUUAUGGUAGGAACACACACACACCCCAAACAAGCCACACUAACAACACAUCGGUGAAGCAAGAACUUAAACUUUCUCAACAAAAACAGUGGGAAACGGGAGUUCUAUUGUACAGUUAAAUUAAUAUAAACGCCUCGCCUUUUAUGUGUGUGUGUGGCCUUUUAUAUUUUGGCAUUUGUUUUUUUUUUUUUCGGUUAACACUCUCCUUUAUGGUUGGUCAUGUAAUGUAAGAAGAAUUAUUUAUUUACUAGCAAUUGUGGUUUGCACCUUCAGCUCGUUAAGUUUUUGCUUGGUUCUCCCUUAUAUCUCUCUCUCUCUCUGUACGUUUCUCUCUAUCACUCUCUUUCUCUAACCUCUUUCUCUCUCUCUUUCUCUCUCUGCAUUCUCUAGUACGAGCGCGGUUUAUUUAUUAUUAUUUUAUUCAACUACCAUAACUUAUCUCCUGCGCUUUUCUCGUGUAUUAUAUUCUGUUUUCUAUUUUGUACUGUAACUAGAGCGAACACAAAACUCCAUUAGAACGUAAAGCUACAAAUAUAUAAAUAUAAAUAUUAUAAAGCAAAACAAAUCUGUAUGUAUGUAAUGCCUACCAGCGUCACGUGCGUCACGCCUGCGUGCGUGUUUCGUUUUUUAAGCAAGGAAAAAGGGUUUUCAUUCUUGUUUUUUUUUGUUUUAUUUAGUUUUCUUCCUACCCCCCGCAUUAUUACCGUGUGUGCGUGUGUGUGUGUGUGUGUGCUGAAUGUAAAACAAGUUUGAGUGGAAACAGAAAGAAAGGAAGUAAGAAUGUGGCGCAUCCUAGACAAAACCCCUCACACACGAUGAAGAGGAGAAGCAAGAACAAUGUAAAAUGUUUAUUUAGGAAAGGCUGGGAAGGCGUUUGUUUAAUUGCUAAGCUUUAGAUCAUAGAGGGGGAUGUGAGGGGGAAAUAGGGUGGUGUACCGACAGCGACGGUAAAAAAUGGAAAAGUGAUUGGAAAGUAAGGGAAAAGUGAACGCGUGAAAGUUGGGUUAGAACAGUAAAAAAAAGGGAGGAAAAGUCAAACUAAAAACAGUGUAGAGCAAAAGGAUAAGCAAAGAAAGAAGAAAACACACACACACACACACCUACACGAAAUGGAAUAUGUUACAUUUAAUGAUACUAAAUUUUAAAUACAACAUGAAGAAGAAGAAGAAGAAGAAGAAGAAGGAUGAGAAGACGAAAAAGAAACAAAACAAACCCAAAAGAAAAUUAAUCAAAAGUGUACAAAACAUGAAAGUAACCUACUAUUACUAACGAAAAUUCAAGCGUAAGUGAACACAACACAGAAAAGUAGAAGAAGAUGAAGAAAAACACACACACACACAUACAAACAGAAAAAAAACAUACUUUCUCUCACACAGUGACACAAAACCAUAAUACACAUAUACACCAAUAAAAAUGCAUUAAAAACAAAACCCAAGCAUCUAACUAUUAGUGAAAAGAGGUGAGAAAGAGUAAAUGAAAAAAACAAAACAAAACAAAAACAAAAACAAAAACAAAAUGGCAAAACCCAAAUGAGAGGGAAACAAACUUUCCCUACCAAACCCCCACUGCUCCCCAUUUACCCAUUAGAACUUAACGAUACACAGCUUAGCAAAUUAUUAAAAAGAAAACACACACAAACACACACACAUACAAAACUACAUUAGAGGAAAAAGUAAACUCAUCCAAACUAUUGAUCGAUUUAAAUGCAAAAUGAUCGAAGCAGGCAAGCGAAAACCAUCAACAAACUGUGGAGCAGAAGGUGAAGGGGAGGGUACAAAACACAACUAAGCCAACUUGUAACUUUUUCACACUCUACUCCCCCUCUCUAAACUCGCUCCUACUAUCUCUGUCUCUCUUGCGUCAUUGUGUCAUUGUGUACUUUGAUAGAUUACCACUUCCAAGGAAGAAGAAAAAACAACGGAGCUGGAAAUUGAGCUAAAAGAAAGAUGAGAAAGAGAACACAAUACAGAGUCAACAUACAAACACACAGAUACAAUGAUAAACAAAAAACAAAACACAAACACACUUAUACACUUGAAAUGGAUGGAAAGGAAACUUGGACAACCGUGUUGUCCAGCAGGUUCGGGUGAUAGGAAGUGAUUACUGGCCGUAACAAUGGGAGAGAGAGGGAGAGAGAGAGA